GUCAACUGUCUGGCCAUUCAGUAACAAAUACUCAGCGCAAGACAACAGACGCGCGCAUUUUCGCUCAAAAAAAAUCUUUUCCAUACUUUUUUGUGUUUCAGAUGUGUUAAUAUUACACAAAAACUAUGUAUUUAAAACUAUUUUGUUUGUUUCUGUGUUUUUGGACGAUCAAUGCGGAGUUUGAAGGUGAAUCCUGCGUUAAAGAUGGUAUGACUGGUGUCUGCACGGUCUUAGGUCAAUGUCGAACUGCUAUUGAGGACAUCAAGCAUAGGAGAAACCCUCAGAUAUGCUCGUUCAAACUUUCGGAUCCGGUAGUAUGCUGUCUAGAUGGAAGAGCUAACCCAGUACCUAUGCCUCCACCCUUGACCACUACUAAACGGCCAGUAGUAACAACAACUACGGAGUAUAUCCCAGAAACGUAUGAUUAUCACGAUGUAGGAGGCCAGGGGUCGCAGUGUGAAGCUAUCUCCCCCACCCUGACUGCCCCCAAGACAGGACAGAAGGCUUUUGAUAAGUGCAUCGAAUACCAGGAGAAGUACAUAUACCCGUGUGAGAAAGGCAUGGCUCUUACCGGAGGGAUGACCAGGGGCAAGCACUGCUACCAUACUGCUGAUGAUCUGAUCAUCGGAGGAGUUGAUGCUGCUCAGUACGAGUUUCCUCAUAUGGUGAUGGUUGGCUACGGAGACACGAUCGAAGAUCUUCAGUACCUCUGCGGUGGAUCCCUCAUCAGUGAGAAGUUUAUCCUCACUGCUGGGCACUGUAUUUCCAGUAGGGACCUGGGUCCUAUAACCUACGUAGCAGUCGGUGCAAUAAGCAGGGAUGACGCUGCUGCAGACACUUCGAAGGUCUACAAAGUCAAAAACAUCAUCAAACAUCCAGAGUACAGACCACCCAAUAAAUACAAUGAUAUUGCUUUACUUGAGACUGAAAAAGAAAUCAACCUAAGCCAGUUCGUAGUGCCAGCUUGCUUGGACGUGGGGGAUACCACUAAUGAUGGGAAGGUUCUGGCCACCGGCUGGGGUCUCACAGCUUACAGAGGCGGUAUCUCCAACCGACUGCAAAAGGUGACUUUACACAAGUUUACAACUGAGGAGUGUUCAAACCAAUGGCCGACUCAUCGCAAUAUGAAACAGGGCUUCAGUCCCCAGUCUCAGAUGUGUUAUGGAGACAGGACUGUUUCUAAGGAUACCUGCCAAGGUGACAGCGGCGGCCCAAUCCAAGUUAAGAACAGAAAGAUUAACUGUAUGUACACAGUGGUCGGCGUGACGUCAUUCGGCAGUGCCUGCGGGUUUGUGGGCAGCGCUGGCAUAUAUACUAGAGUCGCUAACUAUAUACCUUGGAUUGAGAGUAUUGUAUGGCCUAACUUUGGUUGUGUGUGUGUUUGUGUGUUAGUGAAUUGUGAAGAUAUAAAUUGCGAGACAAAAACUGGGGAGAGAGGAGUAUGCCGAUAUUUACCACUCUGUCCUUCAGCUGUAAGAGAUCUCAAGUUCAAAAUACAUCCACAGAUUUGCUAUUUCAACGGUACUUCUAUAAUUCCCACAGUAUGCUGCUUAGAAAAUCAUGAUAAAGUGGAGCCUCUGAUUGAGCGAAUAAAAGGAGAUUCUGAACCUUCUGAGAGCGACAACACGACUUGUCCAAAACCCAAGUUCACACAUACAAAACCCACUGGAAAAAUUCUAAGUGAAAAAGCUUGGAAAAAAUGUGCAGAACAUCAAAGUAAGAUAGAUCUGCCGUGUGAGAAUGGCAGGAGACAGUUUGACCCCUACUGCGGGGUGCGGGACUCUAUGAUUACGGGGGGAGGAGGUAUCGAUGCCGAAGACCAUGAAUUUCCACAUAUGGCUCUCCUGGGCUACGGGAAGAACUUCAGCGAGGCCACGUUUGGUUGCGGUGGCUCCCUCAUCAGCGAGAACUUCGUGCUCACGGCGGGACACUGCACAGCCACCAGGACACACGAGGUGGUAUCCUACGCAGUGUUUGGUAUACUCGAACGAGAAGCAAUCCCCAACGCUCCGCCUGAAAAUAUCCGCCAAUUCAAGCGUAUUGUGAAACAUCCACAAUACAAACCACCUUCUGUAUACCACGAUAUUGCUCUUCUGGAGUUGGAUAAACCCAUCCAGCCAAAUUACAAGAUCCGACCAGCGUGUCUUCAUGUUGGUAGUGAGGUAAAUGAUAUCAGAGCAUACGCCACGGGAUGGGGUGCUCUGGGUCAUAGAGGCCCCAACGCUAAUGUUCUUCAGAAUGUACCCCUAUGGAAAGCGAAGGAUGAAGCCUGCAAGGCUCAAUACCCACCUCACAGGGUUUUCGUCAAAGGGUACGAUAAUACCACUCAAAUGUGCUACGGCGAUGAUGGUAUACCUAGGGAUACCUGUCAAGGAGACAGUGGAGGACCAGUCCAAAUCCUGAAUCCUGAUGGAUUCUGCACUUACCUGCUGAUCGGAGUGACUUCUGUGGGGAACACGAAUUGUGCUCAAGUUGGAUUCCCGGGACUUUACACCCGGGUGUCUUACUAUGUGCCCUGGAUCGAAAGUAUCGUUUGGCCUUAGGAUUUGAAGAUUUGGUUUGGUUUGGUUUGGAUUUAAAGAAUUAUGUCAGUGUUAGAUAGCCCAUUUAUCUAGAAAGGCUUUUUAUCCGGAUGCGAAGAGGACUUAACAUGAGAUGAUUAUGAAGCCGCUAGCAGAAGCUUGUACCUAUUUAAUAAAACGAUCUUAAAUAUUA